AUGCCGCGGCGGCUCGCAAACCCCUUCUCCUCCAGCCAGUCUGCCAUGUCAGCGUCCGAAAAGACUGGCGAACGACGUCUCUCGUCCUCCAAGACCAACCGCCUGAGCCAGCUCUUCUCGUCCAGCCCAAAGUCCAAGGAUCAGGCCACCAUGCAUCAAAGCCAGACGAGCGCCAUUUCGGCGUCCACGGUGUCGCUGCCCACCAUUUCGCUGUCCACCGCGACGGGCGAGGCCAACGCGGUCGAGCCCACGACGACGCUGUUCAAGCCUCAGUCGGCCGAGGAGGUGGAACGGCGGCGACGCACCGAGUCUCAAUUCGGUCCCCUGCUCUCCCCCGAGCACCUGUACGUCAGCCAGGCCCAAGGCAAGCCCUUUACGCGCCCGAUUGAGGACGAGCCGGCCUACUACUAUCUCUUGACCACGUACCUGAGCUACCUGGCCCUCAUCCUGUUCGGACACGUCCGCGACUUCUUCGGCAAGCGGUUCGGUGACCGCAAGCGCUACGCGCCCCUCAAGGUGCACAACGGCUUCGCUCCUCUCAAUGAUGACUUCGACAGCUUCUACAGCAGGCGGCUCAAGCUCCGCCUGGACGAUUGCUUUGCCCGCACCACCGUCGGCGUCCCCGGGCGCUACAUCACCCUCAAGGACCGCAAGUCGGACGACUACAACUACACCUACAAAUACACCGGUACCCACACUGAGACCCUAAACAUGAGUUCCUACAACUAUCUCGGUUUUGCUCAGUCGGACGGUCCCUGCGCCGAUGCCGUCGAGGAAUGCGUCAGGAAGUACGGAGCCACCUUUGCCAGCCCUCGAGCUGACAGCGGCACCUCGGAUCUGGCCCUCGAGGUCGAGCGCGAAAUUGCCUCGUUUGUUGGAAAGCCCGACGCCAUGGUCUUCUCCAUGGGCUACGUCACCAAUGCCAGCACGUUUCCCGCGCUUGUGUCCAAGGGCUGCCUGAUCAUCUCCGACGAGCUGAACCACGCCUCUAUCCGAAUUGGUGCCCGUGUCUCCGGUGCCGUCAUCCAGUCUUUCAAGCACAACGACGUCGAGGCCCUGGAGCGCGUCCUCCGCGAGGCCAUCUCGCAGGGCCAGCCAAGGACUCACCGCCCCUGGAAGAAGAUCCUCGUCGUUGUCGAAGGCCUCUACUCCAUGGAAGGCAGCAUGGUCAACCUGCCCGGCAUCCUGGCUCUGAAGCGCAAGUACAAGUUCUACCUGUUCAUUGACGAGGCUCACUCCAUCGGCGCCCUGGGACCCCGCGGCCGCGGCAUCUGUGACUACUAUGGCGUUGACCCUUCGGAAGUCGACAUCCUCAUGGGCACCUUGACCAAGUCUUUUGGCGCCAACGGAGGCUACAUCGCCGCUGAGAAGCACAUCAUCGACAAGCUCCGUGUGACCAACGCCUCCACCAUCUUUGGCGAGGCGCCCGCCCCUUCGGUUCUCAUGCAGAUCCUCACGUCUCUGAAGCUCAUCAACGGCGAGAUCAGCCCCGGCCAGGGUGAAGAGCGCCUGCAGCGCAUUGCCUUCAACUCCCGCUAUCUGCGUCUCGGACUCAAGCGUCUCGGCAUGAUUGUCACUGGCGACGACGAUUCACCCAUCAUUCCCGUCCUGCUUUACCACCCCGGCAAGAUGCCCGCUUUCAGCCGUCUGAUGCUUGCCCGCAAGAUCUCCGUUGUCGUCGUCGGUUACCCGGCCACUCCGCUCAUCAGCUCGCGUGCCCGCUUCUGCGUCUCUGCCGCUCACAACAAGGAUGACCUCGACCGGAUGCUCAUUGCCUGCAACGAGGUUGCCGACCUGCUCCAGCUCAAGUACUCGACGGGUAUUGCCGGAGGCUUGGAGCCGCUGCCCGAGGGCGUGGCGCCUGAAGACGAGGCCGAGUGGAGGAAGGCCAAUGGCAUCCCCAUCAAGCCUCCCAGGUGGAAGAUUGGAGAUGUCAUUGCGCGAGGCGUUGCUGACUGCAAGCUUCCUCUGCGAUGA